AUGUACAAGUUAAUAUUAUUCACGACGCUGAUCGCAGCUGCAAGCUGCUUCAAACUCGACUGGAGGAUCGUAGGUGGUCUCGAGGCGGAGGAUGGUCAAUUCCCUUAUCAGGUGUCUCUUCAGUCCAAAGGAAAGCACACAUGCGGUGGGUCCAUAAUCACGGACAAGUGGAUCUUAACAGCCGCUCAUUGCGUAAUCGGCGUGAGCUCAUCCUCGCUGACCGUCGUAACCGGCACCAAUAAACUGGACAAAGCAGGAGCUUCGUAUCCCGUCGCCAAAGUCAUCCACCACGAAGACUACAACAGUUUCCUUCUUCAACACGAUAUAGCUCUGAUUAAAGUUAAAGAAGCUAUCGAAUUCAACGAGAAAGUACAACCAAUUGCUUUGGCUGAUCAAGAGUUGGAAGAUGGUGAGGAUUGCGUUUUGAGCGGUUGGGGAUCUACCGUGUUUCCUGGUAACUCUCCAAACGAGCUUCGCUUUGUUCAAUUGAGGGUGAUUUCCAAGGAGCAAUGCCAGAACGCGCAGAAAAACAAGGAAAUUUACGAAUCUCAGAUUUGCACUUUGACACAGAAGGGUGAAGGCGCUUGUCAUGGUGAUUCUGGUGGUCCUUUGGUGGCUGAUGGUAAAUUGGUGGGAAUUGUUUCUUGGGGAAAACCUUGUGCUGUUGGGUAUCCCGAUGUUUUCACUAAAGUCUACUCUUACUUGAGAUGGAUCAAAUCUUAUGCCAAGUAAUUUUUACAAACAACUAAUUUAUUUUUUUCAAUCAUUAUGUACAUUUCUUAA